AUGCGGAAAUCAUCCUGCACUCAGAAUUCAAAUCCAGUAGCGACCGUUUAUGAUCAUGAGAAAUACGCGAGGCUAAGUAUUCAGCAGAUCCGUUGGAUAAUGAAGUCAAUUGGUAUUUGGCCCAAUUCACUCAAAUCCUCUUCUUCGAUAAAGAAAUAUGUGCGCGUGCUAAUGAACAUAAUUUAUCUCGGUAUAAUGGCUUUUCUCUUCAUUCCGGGCGUCUUCUACGUCGUGCUCGAAGUCGAAGACAUAUACAAUACUUUGAAGUUCAUUGGGCCGUUAUCCUUUUGCCUGAUGACUAUCAUGAAGUACAGCUCGCUGGCCUUUUGUAGAAGAGAUAUCCGUGUAUGUAUCGAGCAUAUCAAAAUCGAUUGGAGGAAUACGUGGUAUCACGACGAUCGCGCGAUUAUGACUAAAAACGCGGAAUUCGGCCGUCGUCUCAUAGUGAUCAACGGGUUCUUCGCGUACAGCGGUGCCAUAUUCUUUCACAUCGCCAUGCCGAUUAGCAUGGGCAAGAUUACAGAGAGUAAUCUGACGUACCAACCAUUGCCGUAUCCGGUCUCAAGGAUUAUUGUCGAUACGCGUCAUAGUCCAAUAAAUGAGAUUUUCUUUUGGACUCAGUUCGUGUCGGCUGUCGUUUCGCAAACCGCUGUGACCGCUACCUGUGGUUUGAUUGCCGUUUUGGCAGUACACGCUUACAGUCGUCUGGAGGUUCUCAUGCAAUGGAUUGUGCAUUUAGUGGACGGGAGAGAGGACUUUUCUAAUAACGUAGACGAGAGGCUGGCCAUAAUUGUGCGAGAACAUGUGCGAAUUUUAUGUUUUAUAGAGUUAACAGAAAAAAUAUUGCACAAGAUAUCUCUUGUGGAAGUUGUAGGAAAUACGCUCAACAUAUGUUUCCUUGGAUAUUAUACAAUUACGGAAUGGGAAAACGGCUUUGCAAUAACAUACAUUAUUCUGCUUAUGAGUUUUGUCUUCAAUCUUUUCGUAUUUUGUUAUAUAGGUGAACUUGUUGCCGAGCAGUGCAAGAGAGUUAGUGAGGUUUCAUACAUGAUCGAUUGGUAUCGUCUAUCAGAAAGGAAAGCUCUAGCUAUUAUACUAAUGAUUGCGAUGUCCAAUUCAUCGGUUAAACUUACUGCUGGGAAUAUCAUUGAGUUAUCUAUGAUCAGUUUCGGUGAUGUGAUUAAGACAUCGAUUGCCUAUUUAAAUAUGUUACGUACACUUACUACUUAA